AUGAAUAAAUAUACUGGGGAUGCUAAACCUUUCAAGCAGGCUCCCAGAAAAGUUCCUAUGGCCUUUGCCGGAGAGGAGUUGAAGUCGCUGAAAAAGAUGCUGAACCAAGGCAUUGUGAGGGAGUCGACCUCCCCGUGGGCCUCUGGGGUCGUCUUAGUUCGAAAACGUGAUGGUGGCGUCCGCCAUUGUGUUGACUAUCGGAUGCUCAACAAAUUGACAACUAACAUUCCAGCGACACCCCUCCCCAGAUGUGACACCCUGAUUGAUAAACUGUCUGGGUCAGUGUACUUUAGUGCCCUUGACGUCACGUCGGCCUACCACAAUGUCCCCAUUAGGGAGCAAGAUAUCCCAAAAACUGCUUUUGCCACAACUCAUGGACUUUUUGAAUACCUGACUAUGCCGAUGGGGCUACCAGCAGGCUCCCCGAUGACCUUCCAGCGGCUAAUUGAGCUGGCCAUGAAAGGGUUAGUGCCAGAGGGGGUAUGCGCCCUCUAUCUUGACGACAUCAUCACUUUCUCAGUGGAUUUUGAAUCACAUAUCGUGAAGCUACGAAAGGUUUUUACCCGUAUCCGUGAUGCCGGUUUUAAACUAAAGCCCUCAAAGUGCCACCUCCUGCAACUCGAAGUCAAUUUCUUGGGUCACACGGUAUCUAAAGAUGGGGUCAAACCCAAUGCGCAGAAAUUGAAAGAUUGGCCCGUUCCACGAAAUGUCACUGAUGUCCGAGGGAUCAUAGGCCUGGGUUCAUAUUAUAGAAGGUUCAUCAAGGACUUUUCAUCCCUGAUGCAUCCCCUCAUCCAACUGACCAAGAAGGGGGUCUCCUUUCACUGGAGUGGAGAAUGUGAGGCGGCAUUCAAAGUACUGCUUGAAAAACUUACAGGCCCGGAAGCCAUGGCUUUCCCUAGGCCUGAGGACACCUUCAUACUAGACACUGAUGCCUGUGAUGUGGGAAUAGGGGCAGUACUGUCCCAGGUACAGGACGGGCGGGAGCGGGUGAUUGCCUAUGCCAGUGCAACCCUAAAUAAGGCACAGAGAUAUUAUUGUGUCACAGACAGGGAACUAUUGGCCGUGAAACACUUUAUUGAGUAUUUCUGCCAGUAUCUCCUGGGGAAGCCCUUCAUCUGCCGCGUGGACCACAUGGCAUUAAAGUGGCUCUUUUCCCUCAAGGACCCCAAGGGCCGCGUUGCACGGUGGAUCGAGAUCUUGUCAGCUUACCAAUUUACCCUGGAAUGGAGACCAGGCAAAAAGCACCAAAAUGCUGACAGCAUGAGCCGCUGUCCCAACCCGAUGGACUGCGCCUGCCCUACCAAUGGCGAGGACAUCCCCUGUGGGUUAUGUGCCAAAUGUGACAAGAAAUCGGCUGACAUGCAAAGUACCAUGUAUCCUGGCACUCAGCCAGUGCGGCGAAUAACGCGUGCCAGGAACAGGCCUAAUGCUCAGGCCCAGCCUAGCUGGGCGCUGCCCUAUGCCCCACCGGACCUAAGACGUCAUCAGGCCAAGGACCCAGACAUAGGCCAAAUUCUAAGUUGGUUCGAAACAGGCACACGGCCAUUUGGGGCGGUUGUAUGUGAAGCCAGCCAAGCCACCAGACAUUAUUGGAACUGUUGGGACAGCCUUACCCUCACUGACGGCAUUCUGUUCAGAAAAUUCAGCAGGAAAGACGGGACGGAUCACCACGAACAAUUCCUUGUUCCCAGAGUCUUGAGGUCAGAAGUCCUACGAGAGAUGCAUGAUUCUCCAUUGGCUGGCCACCUGGGAAAGAAGAAAUGCCGUGAGAAAACAUUGCAGCGAUUCUACUGUAAGUGGGCGGAAGUAUUUGCCACGCCAGACCAGACUGCCACCACCACGGCCAACCUCAUUCUCAACGAGGUGAUCGCCAGGUUUGGAACACCAAUUGACAUCCACUCAGAUCAGGGUCGAAACUAUGAGAGCAACAUCUUCAAAGAGUUGUGUAGGUUGCUUGAGAUCAGGAAGACAAGGGCGUCUCCUGCAAACCCCCGCUGUAACGGGCAAUGUGAACGUUUCAACAAGACCCUGAUCCGGAUGAUCAAGGCCUAUCUGAAGGGUCAGCAAGACCAAUGGGAUGUUAACUUAGGAUGUCUGGCUGCUGCCUACCGAGCCACUCCAAAUGAGUCGACGAAGUUAACUCCAAACCUGCUCAUGUUAGGCCGUGAGGUUCGACUACCGGCAGAGGUGAUGUUCCCGUACAGACCUGGCAUCGAGGAUGAUGAGAUAACGUCUUAUGGCGAGUAUGUGGACAAGUUGCGUGACACGAUGGUCCAUGCCCAUGAUGUCGCCCGGGAAAAUUUGAAGGCCGCGGCUGAAAGACACAAGCAGAAUCAUGAUGGCAAGGUCGUCUUUAACAAGUAUAAAGUUGGGGAUGGCGUCUGGUACCUCACAGAUAUAAGUCAGCUGGAGAUAGCCCCAAAACUAAGGAAGGCAUUUCAAGGCCCAUAUCUAAUCAUCAAAAAGGUGAACGACCUUGACUACGUUCUCCAGAUGGAUAAGCGGGGAAAGACCAAACUGGUCCACCACAACAAGUUGAAACCAUAUGAGGGCCAGAGUCCGCCGUUGUGGUUUAGGAGCAUGGACGCACUCGCUUUUGACCUGGAAUUGGAUGCCUUCUUAUAUGACGACUACCAGCCAGAAGGCCAAGAGAUCCUCGAUUGUCUCCUUUCCUCACCGAAGACAGGCCCGACCGAGCAAGUUCCGCGGGCAGCCACCCCACCACCCGCCAACCCAGCUCCGUCUCACCUGUCACAAGGGGCGGCGAUUGAUGAGGCGACUUUUCCACCCACUCCCCAGCAACUAGAGGUGCUGGAUGCCAUCUUCCGGCUAAGCACCCAGGUAGAGGGCAUUCAGGCCAUGCUCCAAGACGUGCUGGCUAGAGUUGACCCUCCAAAACAGGCGGAAGCCAAGAAUGUCAGUGUUAGGAAUGAGCAAGACACCCCUGCCUCACUUUCAUCACCAACGGUCCAGCAGGAAGUUGUCAUGGCAGGACCAGAGCCGACCCUGCCACCAAAGAAGCGGGCGCGCCAACACUCCCCAGUAAUGCCGCCCCCAGCUGAGCCACCACUACCCCGCAGUCAGAGACACCAGCGACAACACGUCAGGAGUACCAUUCGAGUUGCCCACUCGACUGGCCACUUGGCAAGGGGGAGACUCCCGGAGGUUAGCCCCGCUGUGGAGGGAUAUCACGAUAGGAUGCGUAAUAUCCGCAAGCACCUCAACUCCCAGCGCCGUUAA